CAUUGAUAUCGAUAUCAAGUUCAUGUAGGUCUUCACACGUGUUUCACGUUUUCACAAAAACAAACUCUUUCCAUCAAUUUGCUGCCGAAAAAUGCGUCGUCCCAAGAAGUAUGAAUCUGGUGAGGCAACUCAAUACAUAACCCGAAGGGCGGCACUGCGUAAACUUCAGCUAUCAUUAAACGACUUUAGACGUUUAUGCAUAAUUAAAGGUGUUUAUCCCAGAGAACCCAAACAUAGGCGCAGAGCACAAAAAGGUUCUUCCGAAAUUAAAAUCCUAUAUCAUUCUAAAGAUAUUCGAUUCCUUUUACAUGAACCAGUGGUGUGGACACUGCGUGACUAUAAGAUUUUUGCAAAGAAAACAGGCCGUGAUCGUGCAAUCAAGGAUUUUCGCAAUUUGAAACGUCGCCUGGCACAGUUUCCUGAACUAAAACUUGAUCACAUAGUCAAAGAACGUUAUCCCACAUUCAUAGAUGCCAUCAAAGAUUUGGAUGAUUGCCUAACUCUGUUGUUCCUCUUCAGUACUUUCCCCUCAUUGCGUUUGAUACCCAGAGAACAGUCGGCUCUUUGUCGCAGAUUAACCAUUGAAUUUCUACACUACAUCAUUGCGUCCAAAUCGCUAAGAAAGGUAUUCAUUUCCAUUAAAGGAUAUUAUUUCCAAGCUGAUAUUAAAGGUCAAAAGGUAACAUGGAUAGUGCCACACUACUAUCCAUUUAAGCCACACUCCAAGGCCGAGGUGGAUUUCAAAGUUAUGUCCAUAUUUGUGGAAUUCUAUACGAUCAUGUUGGGUUUUGUUAACUUCCGAUUGUAUCAUAGUUUAAAUAUGGUAUACCCACCUCAGUUUCCAGCCUCGGUGUUAGCCGACAGCGAGGAAACUCUCAAAGAUGAACAUACUUUUGUAUCAGAUCGCAUAGCAGCUUUAAAUUUCCAAUUGAUGCGUACGGAUAAAGUGGAGGAGGAAGAAGAAGAUAUACAAAUGGAUAUGGAGCUUCUAGAGCAAGAUGGCGAUUCAAAAAGAGUUUUAAAAAUGAAACAAGAAGCUCAGGAGUUAUCACGAUUGCGUACUCUUUUCAAGGGUUUAAAAUUCUUCAUAAAUCGUGAAGUUCCCCGAGAACCUCUGGUCAUUCUUAUACGUUCAUUUGGUGGCGCAGUUUCCUGGGAUUCAUCAAUUUUUCCUGGAGCUACAUUUGCCGAGACAGAUGAAACAAUUACCCAUCAAAUUGUGGAUCGCCCUAGCCUUAGUAAACAAUACAUCUCCAGAGACUAUAUACAACCUCAAUGGGUGUUUGAUUGUGUAAACAGACGUCAAUUGUUGCCUACAAAUAAAUAUUUUUUGGGUGUAGUUUUGCCCCCUCAUCUAUCACCGUUUGUGGACAGCAAGCGAGAUGCAUAUAUACCACCGGAAGAGAAGUCUCUCUUGGAUCCUUCUCUUAUAGAAACACAUGAGCAAAGUGAUGCCGAAGAUUCUGAAUCUGAGCAGGAGGACGAACAGCAAGAUGGUGAGACCACACAAAAUCUUAUGGAUGCCCAGUUACAAUUGGCCUAUCAGGAGGAGAAAAUCGAAGCUGAUCAAUUUCUGGGAGAUGAUGUUAAUGAGGAUGAGGUCGAAGAGGAUGAUGAAGAUAAUUCGGAAGAAGAAUUGGAUAAUAAAGAGAAACUUCGUUUGCAGGAGAAAAAGAAAAUGGCCGUACAAUCCGGCAAGGUGCACAAAGAGAACAAACGUCUCCAACGUAAAAGUGAAGUGGAUGAACAUCGUUUGCAAGCUCGCAUGGUUAAGCCACGCCAUCGUAAUCUUUUCCGCAAAUUGAUACGUGAAAAACAAUCGAAGGAAAAGGAAGAAUGGCUGUUGAAGAAGAAACGUCGUGUCAUUGAUGCGCAGGACAAGGUGGAAAAGAAGGCCGCUAAAAAGGCUGCCAAAAAAGCGGCCGCAACUUCAAUAGCCUUGUCAAGUUAAAUAUGCAGAUUUUUAGACAUAAAUGUACACUUUAGUUACUAUUCUUGAUUUGAAUAUAUAUAUUCUUUAGCACAAUAAGCCUUUAUUUUUUAUCCAUGAUUUGCAAUGUGCAUACAUAUACACAAGCUAUAUGUAGCACAUUUUAAUGUUGUAAAUAAAGAGAAAAUGCAUGUGCAUUUUUUAAAAAGUCCCCUAAUAUUAUUGGCAGUCUAAUAUCAAAAUUUAGAAAAUAUGUCGUUAUCGAUAAAAAGUUUGGGCCACAUCCGUCUCGCAACCGUUCUCGAGCGAGUUUUUAUUCAAAGAUUACGAAGGCUUACGAUCGUAAUUUGUCAAAAAGUUAUCGAUUUCGGAGAAGAAUACAUCGAUCAACCGAGCAUAUUUUACAAUCUCAAAGGUAAACUAAGCAAAUGUUGGUUGUUUAGCUAAGUUAUUACUAGUAACAAAAUAAAUAAAAAAAAAAACAUUUUCAACAAUA